UGAUCUCUCUCCCAAGGUCCCGGUAGUGAAUUGUCCCUGCACGUUUUAUGUGAGCCGGAGAGUUUAUGGCUCGAGUUCAUGGGCCUCCUUCCCAAGGCUGUGCGGGUCCCUCCGGAGCAGGGGGACCUCAGUCAGGACGGGGGCUCCCAUGGCUGUGCCACCCCUGCCCUGCUCCCUGUGCUGACGCUGCUUUGCCCUUUACAGGCGGGGUCCAGCUGGGAAAGGAAGUUUCUUCUUGUUGAGUUCAGCCAUCUCCGGACUAAGCUAAGGGAGUUUUAAUUAACAAACUAAGUGUCAAAUAUGUUUUCAGGAUAGUCAACCAAUCAAAAGUGCAAAGGAAACUCCGGUGGUCACACGAGUUUCCCCAGGUCUUUCUCUGCAGAGCUGAGAACUGGCUCAUCCCAAGGGAACAAUGGCAUUCACAGGCAAAUACGAGUUCGAGGGCGACGAGAACUACGAUGCCUUCGUGCAGAAGAUUGGUCUCCCCAGUGACAAGGUUGAAAUGGGAAGGAACUGCAAAAUUGUGACCGAGGUGGUGCAGAACGGGAACGACUUCACGUGGACACAGCACUUCCCGGGAGGCCGCACCACCACCAACACCUUCACCGUGGGCAAGGAGGCAGACAUGGAGACCAUGGGAGGGAAGAAGUUCCAGGCAACUGUCAAAAUGGAAGAUGGGAAACUUGUAGCUGAUUUUCCCAACUACCGCCACACUGCAGAGAUCUCUGGGGGGAAGCUGGUAGAGAUUUCUACUUCUUCUGGUGUAGUCUACAAAAGGACCAGCAAAAAGAUUGCCUAAGGCAGCAAGUUCAGUCUCUUCCAGUGCACUGAAAGCCAAC